CGUUUGUCAAAUGACUAGACAUACCCGCGUGGUUGCCGCCCGUGCGUUAGGCACCAGAUUGGCGCUAGUGAGCGCAAACAUGGCUCGGGCGGUUUCCUAAAUACUGUCACGACCUCACCCACUGCCUUCCAAAGUACUCGCCAGCAGCCGCAGCUCCAGGCAACCGUCGACAUGGCGUUGACAUCGCGCGCGUCGACUCUGGAACUCUUCCGUUUCCUCGAUCUUCCAAAGGAUAUUCGUUUGAUGGUGUAUGAACGUCUGCCGCGCUCGACUAAACAUACGGCGAUGAACAAGAAGUCGCAUGAAGGAUGGAUCACGCUGAUCUCGCACUCCAUGUCCAUUGCCAUCCUCGGUAGAUGUCGUCAUAUUCAUCGAGAAGCGCUUCCCCUUGUCAACAAAGCCAUACGUGAAUGGGUCGAGAAUGGAGGCGUCAAGAUCAUAAGUACGACAGAACUUUACGGCUUGACAGCGCUAGAGAAGCUCCUGCAGGUGCUCUUCCACAUUUCCGAUAUCGAGCUUUCGAAGCCGCGAUUGACGCAUUCUGCGGAAGUCCUAGACGAUGAUGCAAAGACAAACCUUCGGGAGCGGAUCAGUCGUGUCAGCUAUCUCUCAAUAUACGAUGUUGACGAAGUUUGUGCUUGGGUCGCAAGAUCGGCCUUGGUGCUGAACCGAUGGCGGAGAGCUAUUGGUGUCGUGACGGCAGCAUCUGCACCGCCUGCAGUCGACAUUCUACUCAGUUCUGAAUCUGCACCUUCCCUGCUGCUAGACGAGCUGUGCUCGUUAGCAUACUUUAGAAACUUCGGUCGGCGCCAGCUUACGCACUACGAGAUUUCUAUCAACUAUGUAGGCUUCAUCAACGCUGCAUACCUGGAGGAUAGCAUAACUGCCUGCACCUGGCAACAAGACCAACCUAAUGUUCCUCUACUCACUGUUGGGGAGUGGCACAGAACCUGGAAGUAGACUGGCUAUUGGAGACGCGCUGUUUAUGGACUCGGGGUACGUGGUGAAGCAGUGUGGUGAGAUCGUAACGGGCUUGUGUUGGUGUCGGCCUGGCGCGCAUUCAAGUUGCCACGAAGAUGCUAUAGGACGAGCGAUGACUCAACCUAAUUAUUGAAACUCUCU